AUGAGCUAUACUUCUGGUAAACUACACGCCGAUAUUAUGUCGUUUUUGGCUACGGCUGGCAUUAACGAAGCUCAAGGUGGUAAAAUAGCCGCUAGAAUUGCGAAUGCUAUCGCAAGUAAAAAUUUAAGUUUGCUGGACGUUGUUAUUUCGCUGAGAGAGUACAUGACCUCAGACGAAGAUGUUGUGAGAGUUGAGGCAAUGGGUUGUCUUUCGGGUAUUUUUAAGGAACUGGAUGUUUCUGUUCUAUCUAAAAAAGAUGUUCAGGUUAUGUUUGAAUUCUAUAAAAACCGCAUGGAUGAUAUUCCGUGUUUGAAAGAGACGUUCACUGGGAUAAGAUACCUGGUAUGUAUGAAGGGAUUCUCCAGUAGCCAAUUGAUACCGCUCUUGAAAAUCUUGAAUGACCAAUAUCAGCCGAGAAAUCACCUAGCCGCGAUAAGGUAUAUUCCAUUUGAAAUCCUGGAUAAUGUGAUACGGAGAUUUGGAAAUGAGGUUGCCGCUAACAAGGUUUUGAACGAUACCUUUAUUGAAACAUUCAUUUCCAUCGCUAGUGGAGAAAAGGAUCCAAAAAACCUACUAUUAUCUUUCCGCUUAAAUACCAAAAUUGGGAACACCUUGAGCAAUAUCGAUGGGUUCAAAGAGGAUUUGUUUGAUAUUCUGUUUUGCUAUUUCCCGAUCACAUUUAAGCCACCUGCCGAUGACCCUUACAAGAUCAGCAAUGAUGACCUAAAGUUGGCGCUUCGAAAUGCCAUUUGUGCUACGCCGAACUAUGCGGAGGAUGCCUUCAGUAAUUUGGUGGAGAAAAUUAGCGCAUCUUCGCCAAGCGUUAAAGAUGACGCCCUUCUAACCCUGAAACAGGGUGUUGAAAGUUUUCCUGCAACUGCUUUGGACAAAAACUGGGUUGAACUAUGGCAGGCACUGAAAUUCGAAAUAAUGAAUUCCAACGACGUGGAUGAUCCUACCAUUCCUACCCCCGUGUAUAAUAACUAUGAUACCGCUUUGAGCGUGCUUGGCGCUAUUGCUAAAAGACUGUUGGACUUCGAUGAGGCUAGUUUCGACAAAUUUUACUCACAUGUUUUCGAGGAACUCAAGCCAAACUUUGCGUAUGAUAGGGAAUUGAAGCAAAGCUGUGGUAUUUUAUCACAUAUUGCUGCAGUUGACACUAGGACGUUUGAUAAAGUGAUGGAUACUGUGCUGCCGCUAUUUUUCAACAAUGCAGAAGAGCUGGAUAUUCAGAAGCAGAGGCUAAUGAUUCUAAACCUAUCGUUUUUCUUUGAUGCGUACAUCACUGUGUUUGGGGAAACAGGAACUGAAAAGUCUGCUGAAUCGCCAAUAAGGAGCAGCCUAAUGCAUAGGAAGGACGAAAUAAUUAUGGUUUUAAGUAAAGCCCUUACGUCUUCUUCCGUGGAGGUCUCCUUGAGGACACUCGCAAUAAUAGAGUUUACAAAGCUGAUCAAAAUGAGGGGAUACCUAACUAAGGAAGAAAUCUACAUGGUUGUCGAGCAUUUAACGCAAACUAUAUUAACAGACGGUAAUAAUAACAUAUAUAUGGCAUGCUUGGAGGGAUUGAAAAUUGUGGGUAAACAUUAUGAGGAUAUAUUCUUAGAAAUGUCCUUGAAGCCCAUGCUAGAUCUGUUACCAGAUAAAGGCGAUGUAAGAAAUGUCGAUUACAAUGGUAAAACUGUGCCUCUGGAAACGAUACUAAAGGUUUCUACUUCAUAUGUUUCAUGCACGCAUAAAUUUGUGGAAGAGAGCAUUACCAUGAUGGUGGACAAACUUUCAAUUGUGGCCAAAAAUGGGGCUACAGAUGAAUACUAUUUCCUGCUUUGUUCCUGUUUGCACUCUUUGUUUGAUUCAAGCAUCGACCUCAUUUCCCCCGGUGGGUUUGAUAAGCUAAAGGAGGCAAUACAUUUAAAGCUGUUCACAAUAAUUUUAAAUAAUGAUUGCAUAACCCAAAGCGAUCAUAACCUGAUCCUCCUUUCGCGUUGCUUGAUGUUUUUAAAUCUUAAAACGAGCACCUCUGCCCACCAGGAAUACUUGGAUAAUCAAAACAAACUGUUCAUUAACAAUAGGAAGAUAUUGGAAAUUCCUGAUAGGUCCGCCGUUGUAUUUUUAAACAUCUUGGCAAGUAUCGACAAGAAAUGUCAAUUUGAAGUCAAAGAAGUCCUUCAGCGUAUUAUUAGCCUACUCAGGGAAUCUAAUAUGGACACUUUUGAGAAGCUAACUUACUUACAAAUGGUAGCCUUGCUUGUGAAUAAGUGGUGUAGCGACGAAGACGCGCAGGAACUCGUGAAUGUAACUGACUUAUCCAAAGCCAAUAUUGAGAUAAUAGCAUGGUUAACCAAAGGUCUCGUGAUGCGUAACUCGCCACUGGCCAUCCAGUAUUUGGAACUCUUUGUCUGUCUUCUAGAGACGCAGCACGGGUCUACAGUCACCCCGCUAUUUGAAGUACUGGUGCUAGAUCUGCCUAUCUUCCGCAAGUUCAAAAAAAUUGUUUCCAACCAUAAUGCUAGAAUGCUCUAUAAACAGAAGUUAUUCAAUGAUAUCGCCCGUAAACUGGUUAGUGGCUUCAAGAUGGCCGAUGAUAUGACGAUUAAGAAUAACUAUUUGACGUCUCUGUCACUAAUUCUGCGUAACAUACCUACUGAUAUCUCAGUAACUUAUAUCGAAGAACUACUUCCAUUGCUGCUCCAAGCAUUAAACAUUGAAAAUAGUGAUGUAAGAGCCUCCAGUUUAAAGACCCUGAUGGAAACUAUGCAGCAGGCGUCAGAGCUGAUGACUGGACACGUCGAAACGUUAAUCAUGAUCGUUCUAAAGCUGUUCCAACCAAGCAAGUUUAAUAAUACUUCGGUACGUCUCCUUUCACUUCAAAUGUUAAAAGGCUUGGCGGAAAACAUGCCAAUAAAUUAUUUGAUUCCAUUGAGGGAAACUAUCCUAUCUGAACUCGUCAUCGCCUUGGGUGAUAAAAAACGGCUAAUUCGUAAACAGGCCAUUGAUACACGACAAACCUAUUUCGAAUUGGGACAUAAAGUCUUGUAA